AUGGGCCGGGACCUGCUGCUGCAGCUGCUGCUGCUUGCGGCGCUGGGUGAGUUCCCGGGGCGGGGGGCAGUUCUCUUCCUCAUAUUCUGUCGUAAACUGCUGGGAAUUCUGUUCCCGCAUGUGGGUCAGGAGCUAGUCCUAGGUAGAUGGGUCACCACUGGUUGUAACCCGUUGAAGAUUCACGAGAACCCUGAGGCGAGGCAGGAGAGGAGGACGCCCCAACUGUCGCCAUCCACGCAAGCAUUGUCGGUGGACUGGCUGGCUGCGCCCCGACGCCCCCGCUCCCUUCAAACCACCACACGCAAUACCCCCAAAGCCGACGCACGGACGCCCCCCGUGGAGCCAUAUCCUGACCAGGCCAAUGCGUCUCUCUUGGACGGAGCCUCUCCAGCCCACUCGCUACCGCUAAUUAAAUUCAAUCCCACAGUAGGCCAUAUAUUAAUUAAUGAGCAUAAAGAUUUCACGUUUAACUGCUCCAUUAAGGGACCCCGUUCCUUAUUCAACCAAGACUCGGCUGGCAUUUCCUUGUGGAAAGAUGGGAAGGAGCUGCGGGAGCCUGGCCCCGUGUCCCCUCGACAUUACCAGGUCAUGGACGAUGAUGAAAUAACGAUGAUCUCUACCUUCAGCAUAACCAAUGCUCAGCGCUCUGAUAACGGGUCCUACAGCUGCAAACUGAAAAUCCACAAUGAGGAAAUUGAGUCAGACCCCAUCUUCGUCCAGAUGGAAGGGCUCCCCCACUUCCUUCGGCAGCCUGAGAGUCUGAACGUUACCAGGAACAGACCAUUCAACCUCACGUGCCAGGCGAUGGGGCCCCCGGAGCCCGUGCAGAUUUACUGGUUUCGGAACAGCAGCAGGGUGAAUGACCAGCCGUACAUUUCCCCCUCUGUCCUGACUCUGCCAGGUCUUAGUGAAACUGCAGUAUUCAGCUGUGAAGCUCACAAUCGGAAAGGACUAACUGCCUCGAAUGAAGUGCAGAUCAAUAUAAAAAGAACUCCAGCCGCGCCGGCCGAAGUGCGUGUCCUGAAUAGAACAGCGCACAGCCUCAUGGUGUCCUGGGUGCCGGGCUUCGAUGGCUAUUCGCCUCUGCACAACUGCCGCCUCCAGUUCAGGGAAGCGGCUCCACUGAACAACGGCUCAUUUCUGACCUGGAACACCUCUGUGCCACCUCAUCGGUAUCACGUCCAGCAGCUGCAGCCCCUGGCAGAAUAUAGCAUCCGUGUUUCCUGCAGGAAUGAAGUCGGCUGGUCUUCAUUCAGCCCCUGGACUCUGGCCAGCACAACCGAGGGAGCCCCAUCUACUCCCCCUCUGAAUGUCACAGUGCUCUUCAACGAGUCCAGCUCCUCCCUGGAAGUCAGAUGGGCAAGGCCCCACCUUGGACGAAAGCAUGGAGAACUGCAGGGCUACAGGCUACAGCACACAUGGCAGAACUCAAAGAUAACGCAGAAUCGUUCUUCUGAAGCCCAGCAGAACACCACUGUCGCCACCAUCGCGAUCGUAGUCACUAACGCCACGUACGCUGUGCGCGUCGCCGCCGUCACCAAGGGCGGGAUCGGGCCCUUCAGCGACCCAGUGGUAGUUUUCAUUCCAGGGGACGGUUUGGUAGCCUCCGCGCCUUCCUCGACUCCAGCGCCAGGAAACAACUACUCCUUUGCCAUAGCCCUUGGCUUUAUCCUUGGGAUCGUCGCCAUUGGGUUAAUCCUGUAUUUCUCCGUGAUUGUCAGGAAAAGACGGAUGGAAACCAAGUUUGGGAAUGCUUUCCCCAGCGACGAUUCAGAGCAUGCCGUCAGCUACACAGCAAAGAAGUCCUACAGCAGGAGAACCAUCGAGCUGACGCUGGCCAGCCUGGGUGUCAGCGAGGAGCUGCAGCAGAAGCUCCAGGACGUCGUGAUCGACAGGGAUUCCCUCGCCCUGGGGAAGAUUCUGGGAGAGGGAGAGUUCGGGUCGGUGAUGGAAGGGCACCUCAGCCAGCCCAACGGCACCGUGCAGAAAGUCGCCGUGAAAACCAUGAAGCUGGAGAACUUUUCCCAGCGAGAGAUCGAAGAGUUCCUCAGCGAAGCAGCGUGCAUGAAGGACUUCGAUCACCCAAACGUCAUCAAACUCCUAGGUGUGUGCAUAGAGCUGAGCUCCCGGCAGAUCCCGAAGCCCAUGGUGGUUCUCCCGUUCAUGAAAUACGGCGACCUGCACAGCUUCCUGCUGCGCUCGCGGUUUGAAACAGGCACCCGGCACGUAUCACUGCAGACCUUGCUGAAGUUCAUGGUCGAUAUUGCGCUCGGAAUGGAGUACCUCAGCACUCGGCAAUUUCUGCAUCGAGAUUUAGCUGCUCGAAACUGCAUGUUACGGGACGACAUGACGGUGUGUGUGGCGGACUUUGGCUUGUCUAAGAAGAUCUACAGCGGCGAUUAUUACCGUCAGGGGCGCAUUGCUAAAAUGCCUGUCAAGUGGAUUGCAAUCGAGAGCCUGGCUGAUCGGGUGUACACGACCAAGAGCGACGUGUGGGCGUUUGGGGUUACCAUGUGGGAGAUAGCCACUCGAGGGAUGACUCCGUACCCAGGAGUGCAGAACCAUGAAAUCUAUGACUACCUCCUUCAUGGUCACAGGCUGAAACAGCCAGAGGACUGCUUGGAUGAGCUGUACGAAGUGAUGUACUCCUGCUGGAGAGCAGACCCCCGGGAGCGACCUGCAUUCCCAGAGCUAAAACUCCACCUGGAGAAGCUAUUGGAAAGUUUGCCCGAAGCGAGUGGGUCUGAAGACGUCAUUUAUAUCAACACAAGCUUGCCAGAGGAGAGCGAGGAGCUGACGGAAGAGUCCGAAUUCCCUCAGACAGACGUGGCUCUCAAUCGCGGUUACAUAACUGUGUCCCCUUCCCCCAAGCCAGACACCACGGUUGUCACCGCAGAUGUCCAUGAAAGCGCUCAGCAGGAGGAAAGGUAUAUCCUAAAGGGGGAGACGGACGAACAGACUGCAAGCACCCUGGCUCUGGAACAAGGGCGUGCUCCUCUUCUGCAGGGCACCGUCACCCGGAACGGGGCCGCGUGGUGUCCAGCCAGCAUGCUGCUGAGCAGCUCGUUAGCAGACGAACUGCCGUAUGCAGAUGACUCUUCUGAGGGCUCCGAAGUUCUGCUGUGA